AUGGUGGACUGAUGGUCAGGUUCGGGAGGUUCUGACUCAUAGCCUUAACUUUUAACAUCCUCCUUAUGUAACUUUUUGAGGAGCGCGUGGUGGUGGUGGCGCGCCGCGCGCUUUACGUUCCAUCGUGACGCCGCGUGCAUCUCGGACGCGCCGGUGCUUCUGGAGAAGGAGGAUGGAGAAGGACUCGAACCCUAAAGGAGAGGCUGACGCUCCGCGUGCGCCUGCUGUGAUGCGACAGGGAGGGAGCCGCUCCCCCUCCGCCUCCGCGCGCCCCCUCUGAGACGCGGGAUGCGGUUUUUUGGCGGUCCUGGUUCCGACGCCCGGACCGCCGACAUCAUCGCCGGAGACGACACUCAUCAUCAGCGGGCAUGGCGGGCACCAAAUUUACGCCUUCACCCUCGGAGAUCGACCCUGACGUGAAGACCGACGCGCAGAAGCCCCCCGAGCCCACCUGGGUCAGCCCGUCCAAUCCGCUCCGGAGCAUGGGUUCUCUCGGGAGCGAUGCCGGCCAAAGGUAUCAGGAGGAGUACAGUAUGGACUCAACCAAUGCCCAGGUGCAGGUAGAGUUCUAUGUGAAUGAAAACACCUUCAAGGAGAGGCUGAAGCUCUUCUUCAUCAAAAACCAAAGGUCAAGUUUGAGAAUCCGUUUGUUCAAUUUUGCUCUGAAGAUUCUCACCUGCGCCCUCUACAUCCUGAGAGUGAGUCUGGAUAACCCCAAGGAGGUCAACAGUAAUCCAUGUGCGAUGUGUCGGAACAGCAGUUUCCUCAAUGCGACAGAUUCACGAGAAAUCAACUGGGAGCUCAUUUUCUGGGUUACCAGACGGGAACCUGUAUGGGCAAUACAGGUGACAGUGGCCUUAAUCAGUUUUUUGGAGACUAUACUCAUAACAUAUCUAAGCUACAAGGGGAACAUUUGGGAGCAGUUUUUCCAGAUAUCCUUCAUAUUGGAGAUGAUCAAUACCGUGCCAUUUAUAAUCACCAUCUUCUGGCCUCCACUGAGAAACAUAUUUGUCCCUGUAUUUCUUAAUUGCUGGCUUGCCAAAGGUGCCCUGGAAAACAUGAUUAAUGAUUUCCACCGUGCCAUCCAGAGGACCCACUCUGCCAUGUUCAAUCAAGUGUUCAUCCUCAUCUGCACCUUGCUGUGUCUGGUUUUCACAGGAGCUUGUGGGAUCCAGCAUCUGGAGAGAGCAGGGAAGAACUUGUCCCUGUUUGACUCUUUCUAUUUCUGCAUCGUCACUUUCUCCACUGUGGGCUACGGAGAUGUCACGCCACAGAUCUGGCCCUCACAGCUGCUGGUGGUCAUUCUCAUCUGUGUCGCUCUGGUGGUCCUUCCACUGCAGUUUGAGGAGCUUGCGUACCUGUGGAUGGAAAGCCAGAAGUUGGGAGGGAACUACAGCCGGCAUCGGGCGCAGACGGAAAAGCACGUGGUGUUGUGCGUCAGCUCCCUGAAGAUCGACCUGCUGAUGGACUUCCUCAACGAGUUCUACGCUCAUCCCAGACUCCAGGAUUACUAUGUGGUGAUCCUGUGUCCAACUGAGAUAGAUAUUCAAGUCCGGCGUAUUCUCCAGAUUCCUCUGUGGUCCCAGAGGGUCAUCUACCUGCAAGGAUCUGCCCUGAAAGACCAGGAUCUGAUGAGAGCCAAGAUGGACGACGCUGAGGCCUGCUUCAUCCUGAGCAGCAGGAAUGAGGUCGACAGAACCGCCGCUGAUCAUCAGACCAUCCUGAGAGCCUGGGCAGCAAAGGACUUCGCUCCAAACUGUCCUCUUUACGUCCAAAUCCUCAAACCUGAAAACAAAUUUCAUGUCAAGUUUGCUGACCAUGUGGUGUGUGAAGAGGAGUUCAAAUAUGCCAUGCUGGCCCUCAACUGCGUGUGUCCGGCCACGUCUACCUUAGUCACCCUGUUGGUUCACACCUCCAGGGGGCAAGAGGGGCAGUUGUCCCCGGAGCAGUGGCAGAGGAUGUACGGACGCUGCUCUGGAAACGAGGUCUACCACAUCCGCUUGGCUGACAGCAAGUUUUUCGGAGAGUACGACGGAAAGAGCUUCACAUAUGCCUCCUUUCAUGCCCACAAGAAGUAUGGCGUUUGUUUGAUCGGCGUGAAGAGGGAGGACAACAAGAGCAUCCUCCUGAACCCAGGACCGCGCCACAUCAUGGCUGCCUCUGACACCUGCUACUACAUCAACAUCACCAAGGAGGAGAACUCAGCCUUCAUCUUCAAGCAGGAGGAGAAAAACAGCAAGGGUCUGCCUGGCACUGGCCUCUAUGACGCCCCCUCCAGGCUGCCCGUGCACAGCAUCAUCGCCAGUAUGGGGACUGUGGCCAUCGAUCUCCAGCACCCCGAUCCUCCAGAGGAGAGCAGCAAGCUGGCUGUCCCUGCAGAGAACGGCGCCGGAAGCAGAAGGCCCAGCAUCGCACCUGUCCUUGAAAUCGCAGACUCCACCGCCAUUCUGCCCUGCGAUCUACUCAGCGAUCAGUCAGAGGACGAGACCAACCAGUCAGACGAGGAAGGCUCUGUAGGGUCAGAGUUUGUGAAGGGUUACCCUCCAAACUCCCCGUACAUCGGCAGCUCUCCAACGCUGUGCCACCUCCUUCCACAGAAAGCUCCCUUCUGCUGCCUUCGCCUCGAUAAGGGCUGCACACAUAACAGCUUUGAGGAUGCCAAGGCGUACGGCUUCAAGAAUAAGCUGAUUAUAGUGUCUGCAGAGAUGGCUGGAAAUGGUUUGUACAACUUCAUAGUCCCUCUACGUGCUUAUUAUCGGCCCAGGAAGGAGCUCAACCCCAUCGUGCUGCUGCUGGACUACCCGCCGGACAACCACUUCCUGGAGGCCAUUUGCUGCUUUCCCAUGGUUUACUUCAUGGCUGGAACCAUUGAUAAUUUGGACAACCUGCUCCAGUGUGGGAUAAUCUACGCUGACAACCUGGUGGUUGUGGACAAGGAAAGCACCAUGAGCGCAGAGGAAGAUUACAUGGCGGACGCCAAAACCAUCGUCAACGUCCAGACCAUGUUCAGGCUGUUCCCCAGCUUGAGCAUCAUCACAGAGCUCACACAUCCAUCCAACAUGAGGUUCAUGCAGUUCCGAGCAAAGGACUGCUACUCGCUCGCACUGUCCAAACUGGAGAAGAUAGAGCGUGAUAAGGGCUCCAACCUGGCCUUCAUGUUCCGCCUGCCGUUCGCUGCAGGCCGAGUCUUCAGCAUCAGCAUGCUGGACACGCUGCUCUACCAGUCAUUCGUCAAGGAUUUUGUGAUCGCCAUCAUGCGACUUCUGCUCGGCCUGGACACCACGCCGGGUUCCGGUUACCUGUGUGUGAUGAAAAUCACAGAGGAGGACCUGUGGAUCAGAACCUACGGCAGACUCUUCCAGAAGUUCUGCUCCUCCAGCGCAGAAAUCCCCAUCGGGAUCUACCGCACCGAAUCACACAUGUUCUCGACCUCUGAGGCCAAGGAAAUUAAAAAGCAGUCGCAGGUGUCGGUCAACGUGGACCAGGGCGAGGAGCUCCGUGAGCGAGGAGACUCCUGGAAAAAAAAGGCUCAGAGGAACUCCACCACAAGUGACCAGUCGGACCACCCCCUGCUGAGGAAGAAGAGCAUGCAGUGGGCGCGGCGGCUGAGCAGGAAGAGCAACAAGCCAGGGAGCAGGGCAGAGCGCAUAUCGCAGCAGAGACACAACCUCUACCGGCGCUCCGAGCGCCAGGAGCUGUCCGAGCUGGUCAAAAACCGCAUGAAGCACCUGGGGCUGCCCACCGUGGGAUACGAGGAUGUCUCUAACCUCACAGCCAGCGAUGUCAUGAAUCGGGUUAAUCUAGGAUAUUUACAAGAGUUGCAGGACAUUUCAGAGCAGCCGUAUUCAGAGGGGACCAGGCCGGCAGAGCCACAAGCAGACGAGAUGAACGACCACCAGAACACGCUGUCCUACGUCCUCAUCAACCCUCCGCCCGACACCAUGCUGGAGCUCAACGACAUUGUAUACAUCAUCCGGCCCGACCCGCUGGCACACAUGCCAGAGGACUCACAGGUGGGCCCGGCCCACAGCACCCGGAACCAGCAGGACUUUGGCGCCGAGACCCGAGACGAGACUCACCUCUGAGCGGCCGUGGUAUCUCUGACGUCAGAGGGGGUCCUGAGGGACCUGAUGCAGCCCCCAAGGAUGCAUGAAGAGGGCCUCCUCAUCAUCAUCCUCAACAAGCCCUGCUGACUCACCUGCGACCUGGAAGCUGCUCCUGCUCUCGGUUUGUAGGUCAGGCGUCCGGCUCGCCGCGAUGCUCCCCUGCAGCCUCGUCUGCGGCGCCUCUCACCUCCCCCCGUCUUUCAGGACCAAUGGUCUCUGAAGACACACAAACUCAUCCCGGGACGCAGCCGUCCUCCACGGUCUUUGUUGGAAAAGGCCGUUGAGGUUUUCCCUCCGAUGUCGUUCGCUCCACGUUUGUCUCAUUUUUCUAGUUCUGCUGCUUCUCGAUGGACCGUUCAGAUGGAGAAAAGCGUCACACUGAGGGUCAGAAAGGAAGUCCAGAUCUGACUGCUGUCCAUCAAUAUUAUCUGUCAUUUAUCUGGAAUGUUCUUGGCUUGUUUACACAGGUUCCAUAAUUUUGACCACAUGCAUUUUUGUGCUCAUUCCGCUGUGGAAGCUUCCUUCAGAGCGAUUUAGAAGGAAACGAAUCCAGAUUUUCAUGCUGAGCGAGAGUUUUCUGUUUCCUCCAGUUCAUGAAACAACAGUAGAUGAAAUAUUAUUGAUCCUUUACUCCAAGGAUCUGCAGGUCAGAAAUAUUCUCUGAUGGAAACGAUGAGAGUAUUAAGAAACACAGCAUUGUUGAAACGUCUGGAGAAAUUAUUUGAGACAAUAAUUUUGCUGGAUGCAGGAUUUUUUUUUUGUUUUGAAGAGGCUUAAAGGUUUUCAGUUGGUGAAAGGUCCAGGCUGGAGGUCCGGUUCUGCUGUGUGAUGCAGAUGCUGCUCCAAAAACCUGAGGUGACCCUCGUCGCCGUGACCGUUCUCAGACUCCACCAACAUUUGUUUCAUCUUUAAAAAUGUCUGUUCAGCGCUCGCCUUCCUGUUCGCCUUCCUGUUCUACAGUUUUAAUUCUGCAGCGAGCAUCAGACAGAGGACGGGACGUCUUGGUUUUCCAGGUUUGUUUCUGAAGUCAAGCUGAAAACAAAUUCUUUCUUCUAGUUUCAUGUUUCAACAUUUCUUGUGUUUUGAAGUGAAGCUGUGUGUUUGUUGAACUGGAAUCCCUGCGUUCAGUUUUCAUUUAGCAGAGGGCGGUUAAAAAAAAAAAACAGCUGACUUUUUCUCUGAUUGGCAGGAAUCCUUCGUGCUUUUAUGGCUUUGAUGAGCUCAUGUUGGCUUUGCAGGAGCUGCUAGUUGUCUGUGAAAUGAAGUGGGACCAGGAUGUUUUUCUUCAGAAAAAAUGUGAGGAAAGUCUCUGCCCCCGCCAAACAAAAGUUUCUCCUAAUUGAGUUUGAAGAGGGUGAACGUGACGUGCUUCUCUGCCAGUGUUUCUUUUGUAGCUGUACAGUGUUUGCGGGUUUGUGUCAUGAAAGUGAAAAGGACUUGAAACUGUUUUUGCACUAAGCUCUGCGGUGACGUAUGCAGCAACACGACCCUUUAACCCACUCACGUGGGCAGCAUCCAAGCAGAACCUCACAGACGGGACGGGUCGGGAAUUCGGCAGAACCUGUAGAUGUUCGCAAAAUCUGGAGGAGGAGAUUUAGGCGAAGAUGAGCUCAGGAGGAGAUGAUCUGAGAAAAGCUUCUGUCGAUCUGUUCAGAUCCUGAGAUUUCAUCAGCACCUCCCAGAAAACGUCUAAGACACCCAACAGGGCAUGUUAUCGCUAGAGCGCAUGUUUUCUGACAAUACAAGCUUGCCAAGAACUCCAAAACGUCGCACAUUUAGGACAUUUACGUCCACGUGAGACAAAAACACACAUGCUUGCAAGUCGGACCCUUUCUUUAAUACCUCCUAUUUAUAGGAAUGGAAACGUGCAUGUUGUCUUAGUGUGACCAAAAUUAUGUUUACCUUCACUUUUUCUGUCAAGAUGUUGAAUUGUUUUGUACUAUUUAUUAUGGGAAGUGUUUUCUGCACACAGAUAGGAACAAAUAAAUGCUGCAUGCAGCCACACACACUGA